CUGAACGGUGGCAGAGUCGGUUACGGCCAUUCCCUGAGGCGGCCGAACCGGAGUCGAUGGUUUGGUUGGUCUCCUCAGACACCAUGAGGAGGAGGGGCCCCGAGGAGGAGGCCUGCGGCGUGUGGCUGGACGCGGCAGCGCUGAAGAAGCGGAAAGCUCAGACACAUCUAGUCAAGCCAAGCACCAAAAUGCUAACACUUUUUCCUGGAGAGAGAACAGCUGAGAUUUCUUUUACUCAAAGAACUCCCUCUACAGGCGUUCAGCAGACCAGCAUUACUUCCUUCUUCACCUUGCAGCCAGGGAAGACAAAUGAUGGUGGCCAGAGGAGUGUUUCAUCUCAUGUAGAAGGUCAGGCCAACGAAGAGUCUAAGAAGAAAGAUGCAACCCAGCUAGACCAUCUCAUCCAGGGCUUGGGGCAUGAUUGCAUGGCACCCCCUUUGGCCACUUCAACCCCUGCAGACAUCCAGGAAGCUAGACUUUCUCCUCAGUCCCUCCAGACUUCUGGCCACCACAGAAUGGGAACCCCAGUUUUGACUGAGCUAUCUUUACUCCAGCCUGACACCUUCGUCUGUGCUGAACAGAGUAAAGCCUCACUGGCUUGUUCCUUCACCCAGAACUUGGAAAGUUCUUGCUUGCUGGAUCGAAAGGAGGGAGAGAAAGAUUCUUCCUGGGAGAGGGAAUGGCUUCAUGGAUCUAAGAAAAAGAACUAUAGGGGUAUGAGGAGACACAUUAAGCCACCUGGGGGCCAAGGCCAUCAGCCCUUGGACAAGACUAAACUGGGAAAGGUGUCUGCUAAAGAAACCUGGCAGGCCCCUGUCCUCCUCCAAACAUACAGGGAUUCCUGGAGUGGAGAAAACACAGAAUCCGUGAAACAAAGCCCUUCUCCUGUUUCAGUGUUUUCCUGGGACAGUGAAAAGAAUGACAAGGACUCCUGGAGUCAGCUUUUCACUGAGGAUUCCCAGGGCCAGCGGGUCAUAGCCCACAGCUCUAGAGCUCCUUUCCGAGAUGUAACUAACUGGAAUCAGGGCUUGGGGAAGUGUCCUAAAAGCCUUCAGACUCAGGGCCAGGGUAGGCCCACUCAGUUAAAUCUGCAGCCUGAUUUCCUCUUUACCCAGGACUCUGAAGGUAAUCAGGUUAUCAGGCACCAUGUCUAAAUGUCUUUGUGAGAAUUUGGAUCUAAUAGUACUUUGAAAUGACAGAGAUAACAGGUAAAUAUCUUGUGGCUGGGGAAGGUGUGUUUGGUAGGAAGUACAUAUGGAAUGCAACUUGUCAUUGAGCAUUUUUUGUGUGUAAAUAAAGCAGGUGAAGUGACUUGUUGAGACAGUGUGAUUGCCAUUGUGCCUUUUCCUGAGGAAGAGGUGGCUGGUGGAUUCCCUCUGAGUCUGUGACAAGUCUAUGACGGCAGGACAGGCACUUAUCCUUUCACUAAAGAGGGGUUACUGUUAGUCAGCCUGCACCGAGCCAUCUCUUUGCCCUUUCAGAUGCCUGACUGGGACACUGCUGCUU